AUGGAAAAUAUAGAAGUACAGAACACACAAUGUGAGAUGAAGACAGAUCUGAAUUUACUUCUUGAAUGUCUUAAAUACCAAAUGGACAGCCCUGCUUCUCAAAAAGAGGCCUUGAUCACUAUUUAUUCAAUCUGCCAACAAAACAGUGAUGCAAGUGAUUAUUUCCGAGAGAUUGGUGGUUUGAUGUUUGUAAGUGACCUUGCAAAGUCGAGUGUGCAUUGCAUAGUAAAGGAAGCAGCCUUAUUUACAUUAGCAGUUGUAAUGGAGAGUAAUGUUUACUGUCAACAAACUUUGUGUACAUCUGAAUUGUUUGAAGACCUCAUUUUCCUCUUAACUAAUAAGAGUUCUAGUGUGAAUUUGAAAAGAAUGUCUGUUUAUGUUAUAUUAGUACUGGUUUCAAAUAACAAGAGUGGGCAAACUCACAUCAGAGAAACAGGCUGCAUUGGUGUUCUGCUACAAUUAUUCAGAACAACUCUUUCAAUACCUGAGAUGAAUCUGUCAGAUGAAAAUAUUAAUCAGUAUUAUCAGCUGUGGUCUUCAGUCUGCAGUACUCUGUGUGCAUGUGUUAAUAAUCCUCAAAAUGAAGACAAUCAAAACACUUGCUGUUCAGUUUUUCCACAUGCAAAAGACUGGCUCCGAAGUUGCAUAAAGCCUGAGAUAGUUCGUCCUAUUUGUUCAUUUGUUGGACUUACAGUUGCUAAUAAUUCAUAUGUACAGGAAUACUUUGUUUCUGUUGGUGGAUUAGACAUAUUAGCUGAAGUACUUAUCAAGCUGGUCCGUGAUUCAUCUAGAAGUUACUCAAGCGCAAAACUUGCAGUAGUGGUAACAAAGACUCUAGAUGCUUGCAUUGCUGAUAACUCUGCUGUUGGUGAUGUCCUGGUAAAGUAUCACAUUGUGUCUAAGCUACUGAGGUUGCUGACUUCUGACACUCUGGAUUCAGGAGAAAAAAUUAGUAUUAUUCUUACAAUUGGGCAUUGCACAGAAGGUUGUGAAGAAAAUCAGUAUGAUCUGCUUAAGAACAAUGGCCUUCCACUUAUGAUUCAGUUAUUAACAGAGUCUCAGGAUGAAGAAGUAAACAAAGCUGCUACUUUUGUGCUGCAAAAUUGCAAGCAAAUCAAACAGUUGAAAAUGGAUCUACAGAUUAAAGAGAGGAAUCUAGAGGACUACUGGAAGAAAGUAAAAGAAAUUUUACACAGAAUAGAACUUCUUGAAAAAGAGCAUGAUGAGGAAACAGUAAGAAGACAAAUAUUUGUUGAUAUACCUCAGGAAGCAGUUAUGCAAACGACAUCAAAAUACCAUAAAAUGAAUGCCAGUGACCAAAAAGCAAACACUGAAAGAACACAUACAAAAAUGCAGUGUUCACAGCUAAAUUGUAAGUCUGAUGAUUUGGUUCGUACUACAUCUGCAAAUAAUCAGUCAUCCAAAAAUGGAAUAUUAGAGACUGUGAAUCUAGUAGAUGCUUCUACCAGAGAGAGUGAGCAAAAUGUUACUCUGCAUUCAGCUGAUAAACUACACACAGGUAGUGUACAAAAAAGUCAUACUACAAAUGAACGAACUGCUUGUGAGAAGAAACAGUCUGUUCCUCAAGCAAGUGAACACUUGUUUAAACAGCCAUCAAUGACUGUUCAAAAUCUGAAACAGGCACAAGUAGCAGGAUGUAUAACAGUAGGACUGCCUUUCAAUAGCAGAAAUUUUAGCAAGAUCUUGCAUACUUGUCCACAUCAGUGUGAUCGUCACAAAGUCAUUCUGGAAGCUGAAGAGAGAUAUAAAAGGGGACUAAAAAAAUCGGUUAUCUGUAAUAACAGUAGUUCUGAGGCUUUUAAGAAAAUACUGUUGACCCCAGCUAAGAAAGGAAGACUGAAUACAGAGUCAUCAACCUUCAAGAGCAGAAAAAAUCUUGAGGAAAAUUUCCAAAGUAUUCGUUUGACUCCUAUGAAGAAAACCCAAAGUAGUAUUUCAAAUAUAGAUGACAACUUCAACAAAAAUAUUAAUUUCCGAGAAAAAUAUAACUUAAUGCCUACAUACACAAAAACUCUCCAAACAAACCAAGACACACGCUUGAGGAAACAAACAGUCAAAGAGACACACAACACAGAAUAUCAAGGCUUGAAUGAGAAAAAUAAAUAUUCAUUUGAUGAAGAUGAGAGCACUGAAAGUCUUUCAUUGGACACACAUGCAAGAGCUUUAAAAAAGAGUAAACGAAGAAUCCGGAAAGAUUUUACAACAGAAGAAGUAAACUAUCUUUUGAGUGGCGUUAGGAAAAUGGGCCAUCACUGGAAUUCAAUUUUGUGGUCCUACCCAUUUCAGAAAGGACGGACAAACGUUGAUCUUGCUAAAAAAUACCACAAGUUACAGAUACAUAGGAAUGAAAAUAAAGAAGAUCUGUAACAUCUUUCUAAAGUAUUUUAUAUUCUGCUAAAGAAUUUGGAAGUUUAAAGGACAGAAUUAUAGUAUAAAUGAGUUAGGUACUGUUAAUAUGCACUGUACAUAUUUCACUUCAGAUUUUUUUAUUGUGAUUUGUAUAGGGCUAGGCUCUGAUGUAGACUUAAGUGAAAUGUAUUUUGAUAGGUAUUUUCAGAAUGCUAAUGUACAUUCAUUAAAUAAAAUGUAUACCAGUAAAAUGAAAAUGCUUUAACUUUACUACAGAGGCACAUCCCCAAAAAAACCCAGAACAAAACUAUUUGCAUGCAAUAUUUAACUUGACCUUCCAGUGCUUAACUGGAAUAU